GAAGCCUCUAGAUUUCCCCAGAUGUUCUCGCACCAUCAGGAAUGGGGUAGCAAUAAAUUGUGAAGGAACAAAUCUCUUAACAAAUCCCUAUAAGUAUGUGAUGCAAUAAGCUUGGCAAAACCAUCUAAUUAAAUCAUCAAUCAAUACUGCAACUGCAAGCAAGCCAAGCCAAUCAAUUUUCAUUUCAUCAGUAAUUUUGAUUCCUAAUUUUCUAAUUCAACCUGAUCUUCUUAAAAAUGUCGAUCAUUCCAAACUUCUUUGGCAACAGAAGAACCAACGUUUUCGACCCAUUUUCUCUAGACGUAUGGGAUCCAUUCCAGGACUUCCCAUUCUCAUCCCCAACCUCAUCAUCUGCACUAUCCAUGCCUCGUUCUGAAUUAUCCAAAGAAACAUCACAAUUAGCAAACACUAGAAUUGACUGGAAAGAAACCCCAGAAGCACAUAUCUUUAGAGCUGAUCUGCCCGGCGUUAAGAAGGAGGAAGUGAAAGUCGAAGUUGAAGAAGGGAGAGUUCUGCAGAUAAGUGGAGAGAGGAGCAGAGAAAGCGAAGAGAAAAAUGAUAAAUGGCAUAGGGUCGAACGCAGCAGUGGCAAAUUCCUGAGGAGAUUUAGGUUGCCCGAGAACACGAAAGUGGAUGAAGUUAAAGCUGCUAUGGAGAACGGAGUGCUCACUGUGACUGUUCCCAAAGUUGAAGAGAAGAAGCCUGAAGUGAAAUCUAUUCACAUUUCUGGUUAGAGUUUCAGCACUGACAGCAAAAUGUGAUCCUGCCCUUUGGUCAUGGUUUCAGGGUGUAGUGUUUUCAAUAUUUGGCUGGAUAGGUUGUGUCUUUGAUCUUGUGUUAUCAGUCUGUUAUUAGUGUCACUGCUGUUGUUCAAAAUAAAUAAAUAAGUUAGUGGUGGUGUUGUUACUGAUUUUGUUACCUUUGGGUACCAAAUCGGUUGCUGGUGUCUUUGGUCUUGUAAUCUUUGUUCUUAAUUGCAGUCAAAUUACUAAUUUUCUUUA